CUUGCUCUACGGGUGAGGUCGCAGAGAGGAACUUUUAUAAAGGCUCGGCGACGGUGCGACGCGAACUCUUCGCCCUCAGUCGGUACUUGUGGAGUGCGCGAUGAGCUGGGGAGCAGCCAUGUCUUCUCCGAGGGCGAACGUCAUCGUCGGGCUGCUGCUAGUCGGUGCCGUGGCGCUUCUGCUGCCCAAGACAGAAGCAGUGAAAGGGUUUGUGGCAGAUGAAGAACAGCACCUCAACUUGCUAAGACCACACAGGAACGGACCACUUCCCCACCGUGUCGCAAGAGAUAUCACUGGAUACAUCCGUGGUGUCCGGUGGUCUCCUAUAGGAGGCAGAUCUGCUCGGUCUCCUCUACCGGCGGUCAAGACAGCGCGCAAGGCAGCCGCACCGGUGACACUUCCAGCGCUCACCAAGAGAGCGCACAACGUCGGCUCGGGCCCCAUCGUGCUCAAGAGCAAGAAGAAGAUCUUCAUCCCCAAGUUGACCUAUGAUGGCGCUGGUCCCGACGUGUACUUUUUGGUGGGCAAGGGAGCUAAAGUCACCCACAAGGGCGCCACCAAAAUCCCCACUCCAACCGGAGAGUAA